AUGGAGUGGAACCCUGAGACCUUACAAUUUCUCUCACAAUGUUUCCUCAACACCCUAUCCCCACACCCGGAUCCCCGCCGUCGUGCGGAGGCGGCGCUGGCAGAGGCUGCUGAUAAGCCUAAUUACGGCCUUGCCGUGCUCCGCCUUGUUGCUGAACCCUCAGUGGACGAGCAGAUCCGUCAGUCUGCUGCAGUCAACUUCAAGAACACCCUCAAGGCCCGCUGGGCCCCGCAGACCACAGAUCCGUCCAUUGCUCAAACCCACACUAUACCUGACCCGGAAAAGGAGCAAAUCAAAUCGUUAAUUGUAACUCUAAUGGUGAAUUCGUCCCCCAGAAUCCAAGCACAGCUCAGUGAAGCCCUGACCAUAAUUGGGAAACAUGAUUUCCCCAAAGCAUGGCCUACGUUGUUGCCGGAGCUUGUCCAGACUCUCGAUGGGUUAAGCCAGGCCAAUGAUUAUGUUUCUUUAAGUGGGGUUUUGACCACCAUUAAUUCGUUGUUUAAGAAAUUUAGGUAUCAGUUUAAGACCAAUGAGUUGUUGCUUGAUUUGAAAUACUGUCUUGAUAACUUUGCAAAACCAUUGUUGGAAGUAUUUAAACGUACUGCAAGUAUGUUAGAUCAGGUAAGCAAUUCUGGUGCUGCUAAUGCAAAUUCCCUUAAGCCGUACAUAGAGUCUCAGAGGUUGUGUUGUAGGAUAUUUUAUUCCCUUAAUUUUAUGGAGUUGCCUGAGUUUUUUGAGGACCAUAUGGAAGAGUGGAUGAUUGAGUUCAAGAAAUAUUUGACUGUAAAGUACCCUGCUCUUGAGGAUAGUGGAAAUGAUGGGCUUGCGUUGGUCGAUGAGUUACGAGCUGCUGUGUGUGAGAAUAUAAGUCUCUAUAUGGAGAAAGAGGAGGACUUGUUUCAGAAAUAUUUGAGUGGUUUCGUGGAGGCAGUGUGGGCACUUUUGGUGGUUGCAUCUGCUGCUUCUAGUCGGGAAAGGCUAACUGUAACUGCUAUUAAGUUUUUGACCAUUGUUAGUGCUAGCGUUCACCAUACUUUGUUUGCUAGGGAUGACAUUUUGCAGCAGAUUUGUCAGAGUAUCGUGAUUCCUAAUGUGAUGCUAAGGGAUGAGGAUGAGGAGUUGUUUGAAAUGAAUUAUGUAGAGUUCAUAAGAAGGGAUAUGGAAGGGAGUGAUCUUGACACGAGAAGGAGAAUUGCUUGUGAACUUCUUAAGGGGAUUGCUACGAAUUACAAGGAGAAAGUCACUGAGAAGGUAGCAGCUCAGAUACAGUUGCUUUUGGCCUCAUUUUCUGAGAAUCCAGCUGCAAAUUGGAAACACAAGGACUGUGCUAUCUAUUUGGUUGUCUCUCUUGCCUCGAAGAAGGCAGGCGGAAGUUCUGUUUCCACUGAUCUUGUUAAUGUUGAGAGCUUUUUUGGGUCUGUUAUUGUGCCAGAGCUGCAAAGUCAGGAUGUGGACGGGUUUCCUAUGUUGAAGGCUGGUGCAUUGAAGUUUUUCACCAUGUUUAGGAAUCAGAUCUCCAAACCUAUUGCAAUGGCUUUGCUACCCGAUGUUGUUCGCUUCCUUGGCUCAGAGUCGAAUGUGGUCCAUUCUUAUGCUGCCAGCUGUAUUGAGAAACUUUUGCUGGUCAAAGAUGAAAGUGGAAGGGCAAGAUACUCAGCAACGGACAUUGGUCCAUUUUUACUUCUCUUGAUGACAAACCUUUUUAAUGCUUUACAGAAGCCAGAAUCUGAGGAGAAUCAGUAUGUGAUGAAGUGUAUAAUGAGAGUUCUUGGGGUUGCUAAUGUUUCUCGUGACGUUGCUUUACCUUGCAUCAAUGGCCUGACAACUGUUCUGAAUAAAGUCUGUGAGAACCCAAAGAAUCCUAUUUUUAACCACUAUCUGUUUGAAUCUGUGGCUCUACUCGUCAGACGGGCUUGUGAGCAGGAUCCAUCUCUCAUAUCUGCAUUUGAAACAAGCCUUCUCCCCAGUCUACAGAUGAUCUUAUCCAGAGACGUGACAGAGUUCUUCCCUUAUGCAUUCCAGCUGCUAGCUCAGCUUGUUGACUUGAAUCGGCCUCCUUUACCUGGGAAUUAUAUGGAGAUCUUUGCAAUACUCCUUUUACCCGAAUCAUGGAAAAAGUCUGCAAAUGUCCCUGCCCUUGUGCGUUUGCUUCAAGCAUUCCUUAGAAAGGCUCCACAUGAGCUGAACCAGCAAGGGAGAUUAUCUAAUGUCCUUGGUAUAUUCAACACAUUAGUUUUGUCUCCUAGUUCUGAUGAACAAGGAUUUUAUGUGCUAAACACCGUGAUUGAGAACCUUGGGUAUGAUGUGAUCUCACCCUACAUUAGCCACAUUUGGGUUGCUCUAUUUAAUCGGCUCCAGCAUAACAGAACAGUGAAGUAUAUCAAAUCUCUUGUGAUAUUUAUGUCACUUUUUAUGGUCAAGCAUGGUUCUCAAAACCUUGUAGGCUCGAUGAAUGCUGUGCAGCCUGACGUUUUUCGUACAAUUUUAGAGCAGUUUUGGAUACCCAAUCUCAAGCUGAUCACGGGUUCACUUGAGCUUAAAUUAACUUCAGUUGCUUCUACCAGACUUAUAUGUGAAUCACUGACGCCAUCGGAUUCCAAGCUUUGGGGGAAAAUGCUGGACAGCAUUGUUACUCUUCUAUCACGCCCAGAACAGGAAAGAGUGGAAGAGGAGCCUGAUGUUCCAGAUUUUGGUGAGACUGUGGGUUAUAAUACCACUUACGUUAACCUGUACAAUGCUGGGAGGAGAGAAGAGGAUCUUCUUCCUGAAAUCAAUGAUCCAAAGCAAUUUUUGUUUAAGAAACUAGCCGUUUUAUGGAACAAUAUUAUAAUGAUGGUUGUAGCAUGGUUUGUGGUCACGGUUUACAGUUUCUCGUCAUUGAAGCAUACAUCUGUGAUAAUGUAG